UUUGCUGUAUUUUAAUAUUUGUUGUUGUUAUUUUUCUAAGAUCUUUUUAAGAAGCCUUGUACUGGAAUUUCACCGUGCACCCAUUUAAGUACUCUUUUCCACUAAUUUCGACCGUUUCGAAGGUAUUAAUACGUAUCCGUUCUAAAUGCAACUACCAGAUAGUGGCCAACUGUUAAAAUUCCUUUACCGUCAAAAAGCACGCAUGACAUUCGCGUAACAACAAAAUUAACGCAUGCGUGUUUUUGCGUCAUGUCACAAACAGCUGUUUUUGUUUACGUUGGCGGUGUUUUGCUACACCUUUCGUAUUGGUGUGUGUUUGUGUAUACAGCCAUAUAGAUGAGCAUUGUUCAAAGUGAUUUUCUAUUAUAACUUACUUAAGACUUAAAUUUAUAAGCUAGCACUUAUUUCAGAUGACGAUUACUUUCUACUAAUUUAAAUCUCGCAAAACCGGCUAUUUAAUACAAUGUUUAUGUUUAAUCUAGAAACGCAUGUGUUGGCAACUCGAACAUUUGACAUUCACCGAACACGUCAGCUGGUGAAGUAUUUUAGUAUUUUAACUUUAAUUUUAUUAUCUGCUCAUCAAAACGUUAUAAUUAUUAAUUAUAAUUUAAAUACCGAUAUAUUAUGUCUACAAGUGAACAUAAAUACAGCAUAUUGCUUCCUACAUACAAUGAGAAAGAAAACUUGCCAAUUAUCAUUUGGCUAAUCGUGAAAUAUCUUAGUGAAAGUGACUAUAAAUACGAAAUUAUUAUUAUUGACGAUGGCAGUCCCGAUGGUACUUUAGAUGUUGCUAAAGAUUUGCAAAAAAUCUAUGGCGAAGAGACCAUAGUGCUUCGACCGCGCGGGUCUAAAUUAGGUCUUGGUACUGCAUAUAUGCACGGCAUAAAACAUGCCACAGGUGAUUUUAUUAUCAUAAUGGAUGCAGACUUAAGUCAUCAUCCAAAAUUCAUUCCAAAGUUCAUUGAACUACAAGCGAAAGAAGACUAUGACAUAGUAUCUGGCACAAGGUACUGCGGCGAUGGUGGUGUUUUUGGAUGGGAUUUCAAGCGCAAGCUGAUAUCGCGUGGGGCUAAUUUCCUUUCGCAAAUUUUACUGCGCCCAAAUGCUUCCGAUCUGACAGGGUCUUUUCGUUUAUAUAAAAAGAAUGUGCUUGAGAAAUGCAUUGCCAGCUGUGUUUCAAAGGGAUACGUUUUUCAAAUGGAAAUGUUAGUGCGCGCUCGUCAGCACGGUUACAGCAUUGGUGAAGUGCCCAUAACGUUUGUAGAUCGUUUGUACGGUUCUUCGAAAUUAGGAGGAACAGAAAUCAUACAAUUUGCCAAAAAUUUAUUGUACUUAUUUGCUACUACGUAAGAAUAAUGUAUUUAAGGACUACAUAACUAUUUUAUAAGAACGUCAAAUUUAAAUAAAAAAUGUAUCGCAUAAACAAAUUA